CUGUUUAAAAAAAGGUUUAUUUCAGUCAGGCAUAGCGACGGACUACAAUAUUUCCAGUCCUCUUCAGGAAGCAACAAUUAAAGCUUUUAAACUUAUUUUAUUUUUUUACUUUUUCAAAUGAGUUCCCCGCACGAGGAAGGCGAACAUUCGCCUGAACUGGAGGUCGUCAUUCAGAAGCUGGAGGAGUCCAUACUUGACGUAGAGGGUCGCUCAGGAGAGACCGAAACCAUCCCAGGACAUGAACCGGGCUCCGGAGCGAUAUCGGCGCCCGUCUCGAGACUCAUCCGCAGAAUCAUCACCCGUAACCUGGCCGGUGAUAGCUGUGAGGCCGCCAACAUGGAGGACUACCAGAGAGAAUCCAGUUCUCAGACCCAGACUGACGACAAUGAGCCACCAGACCAACAGUGCAGCCUCACCGAGAAGCUCAAUCAGAUGCUGAUGUUGCCGUCGCCGGCCGACUCGGACCAGGACAGCGUGUCGCCAUGGCAACCGUCGAGCCAGGAGAGAGUGUCCAGGCAUGUCUUCCAGGAGGCCCAACAGAGGCAGGCUCAACUGGUCCAGAGGCUGCAGACCAAGGUCAUCCAGUACAAGAGCAGGUGCGGGGAACUGGAAGGGCAGGUUCUGGAGAAGACCUCCAACCUGGAGAAGAUGCGAUUGUUGAUGCUGGCCCAACAGGACUUGGCCCAGCGUGACGAGCAAAACCUUAACGCGACCAUCUGCAGUAAGGCCGCUCAGCUGGACGAGGGGCAGAGAAGAUGUGCCCGCCUCAGCCAUGUCAACUCGGUGCUGCGGGAACAACUGGAGCAGGCCGGCACCGUCAACCAGGCGCUGGCCGAGACCUGGCGCGAGGCCCGCCAAGAUGCGGCGCAGAGCGAGGCGCGCCUGUGCAAGGAACAAGAGUCUCCCCCCCCGACCUCGCAGACGGCUUCUUCCCGCCCGAGUCGCCAGCAGGCACGCGUCAGAGCCUUGUGGCGCCAGGCCGCUUCCCUGAGGAGCACCUUCACCCAGCUGAGGGGCUUUGCUGACAGGACGCUCGCUGACAUGCGAGGCGAGUGCGCCGCCGCCAGCCAGCAGCUUCACGCCGUCUGCCAGAACCUUCAGUCCAGAGGGACGCAGGAGAGCGCCUCCAGUGGUACGGAGGCAUGGACCCUGGAGAGGCAGCUGAAGACCAAGCUCCGAGAGGCCAUGCAGCUUCAGGGCCGCUGGGAUGCAGAGAAAGUGGUGCUCAACUCCAGGGUCGUUGAGCUGGCGGACGCAGUGGAGCACCUUUGCAGCCUAAACAGCGAGAAAGACGCCGCCCUUACUAGCCUGCAGAGCAGCUUGGACACCAUGGAGACGAGGAGAACUGAGGACAGAGCAGCGAUGGAAACUCUCCGCGCAGAGAACCGAGCCCUCCAGAACAUGAUCUGCAAUGUCCAUAAGCUGGUGGCGGGUGAAGUUGAAUGCGCUGCGUCUGAGGGUCGUUCUCCACCGCCAAACACCACCUUGAUGGCGGUGCAGUCUGCCCUAUCCAAGCACCAGAAACAAACACAGCACCUUGGCGGUCGCCUGGACGCGGCGUCGGAGGAAGUGGACGCACUGCGCGGUCAGCUGCAGCGUAGCGACUGUGCGAGGCGGGAGCUGGAGACGAGGAUGCAGGAGGUGAUGGAGGAAAGUCAGGAGGCCCUGAAGGAAUGUCUCAGAGAGCGUGACAGCGCUCGCUCUUCGCUGGAGGUCAUCUCGAGUGAGAAGUGCGGCGUGGAGCAGCGUUUGCUGGGAGUGCAACAGGAAGCGGACUCGCUGCGCGGCGAGCUGGAGGCCCUGCGCGGCAUGUCCUCGGACCUCCAGCGGCAGCGUGACCUCCUUCAACAGCAGAGAGAAGACGCCGAGCUGCAGCUGACACGGCAGCGCACGGAGGCCCAGCGAGGCGAGAGGAGCCUGGAGGAGCUGGAAGGGAAGCACUCUGAUCUACGUAGGGAGCUGGUGACAGUGAAGGAGGCGCUGAGUGGGGUCACCCUGGAAAAGGAGGUGCUGCUGGAGGACAAGGCCAGCCUCGCUUUGGCUCUCAGCAAGAUGGAGUGUCACAGCGCCGCGCAGGAGUCAGGCGUCACCAAACUGCAGAAUCAGGAAGCGGAUCUGAAAGAUUCUCUGGCCAAGAUGGCCGCCCUGAGCGAAGGCUUGGCCAAAGACAAGGUGGAGCUGAGCCGUCUUCUCCUGCAGGCUGAGGCUGAGAAGGCUCAGCUCAGUGACGGACGGCGGCAGGCAGAAGCGGACCGGGCAUCAUCCCGGGAUGAGGCGUCCCGGCUGCAACGGGAGAAGAUGAACCUGCUUUUGGAGAAGAAAGCCCUGGAGAGCUCGCACCGUCACCUGCAGGCCCUGCGCCACAAGCUGGAGGAGGACCUGGACCUCCUGCAGAGGGAGAAGGCCCGAAUCCUGGAGCAGCACUCUCAGGUGAGCAGGCAGAUGCAGAGCGUGUCAGAGGAGCUGCACCAUUGCAGGAAGCAGCUGGAGGUGCACCAUGCAGCCCUCAAGAAGGCUGGCGCCGACAAGGAGGAGCUGGCCAAGGACAAGGCCGGCCUGGAGGUCCGACUCAGCGCGGCCGAGCGGACGACCUUCGGCCUGGUGCAGGAGCUGCAAGUACUCAGAGCUGAGAAGCAGUCCCUGGAGACCAGUCUGUUCCAGAGCCAUGAGCUGUCCUCGUCCCUGGAGGCCGAGUGCGGCCGCCUGGAGGCGGAGCGCCGCAGCAUGUUGUCGGCUAACGAGGCCCUGACGCGUGAUGUUGCACAGGUGCGUCUGGACGCAGAGCACCAGCUUGCUCAGGCUGCACAGGAGCGCAGCGCUUUGGAGGAGAAGUGGGUCCAGGUGGAGAGGAACGCCCUCCAGAGCCUAAAGAGCAGGGAUGAACAGCACAGAGAGCAGCUGGAGGCUCAACGCAGGCUCAAGGAGCAGCAGUGUGCCGCGCUGACCGAGCAGCUGCGCGCCGGCUCGGAGGCGUCGGACGCGCGCAGCCGGAAGGAGGCGCAGCAGGCCCAGGAGGAGGCGCAGCAGGCCCAGAAGGAACUGCUCCGAGUGCAGCAGCAAUGCAAGCAAAUCCUCCUGCAGGCUGAGAGCGAGAAACAGGAGGCUUUGUCCCAGAAGGCUGCCAUGGUGCAGGAGAUGUCGGGCCUGCAGCAGAAUCUGGACUCGGCGACCACGGAGCUGCAGCGCGCACGCAGUGAUGCGCUAGCUGCGCAGGAGCAGAACAAGAAGGAAGUAUCCGCCCUGCGGUGCGAGACGGACAAGCUGCGAACCGAGUUCCAGGCGUCGGUGAACUCGCACGAGGUGGCCGAGCGGGGUCGAUGCCAGCAGGUCCGGGAGCUGGGCCAACAGAACCAAGUCGCCCAGCAAGAGCUGGAGGGCCUGCGCGUGCAGCUGCAGGACGCCCAGGACGGACUCGGCCGAGGCCAGAAGGAGCUGCUGGAGGCUCGGCGCGCCCUGCGGGACUGUGCUCAAGGGCAGGAGAAGCAGCGGAAGGAGGCGCUGAACCUGCGGCGGCUGCUGGACGACGAGACCAGGGAGAAGGAGGCCAUCCGGGCCUCCAACCAGGAGCUGAGAGCGUCCGUCAAGCGGGUGGAGAGUGACAACAGCAGUUUAAGGCGAGCGGUGGAGGAGAAGGAGCAGAAAGCCUCCAUCUUGGAGGAACACAAACGCUCCAUGCACGAGGAGGUGUCCACUCUGAGGAGCAGCAUGAGGGAGCUGGAGAAGUCCCGGCUGCAGGCCCGCAGAGGACUGCAGGACCUGCGCCGACAGGUGAAAGCACUGGAAGGGGAGAAGAGCCGUCAGAAGCAGGAGCUGCAGAACAUGCAGGCUCGGCUUUGUCAGCAGGAGCAGAAGGAGGAGGAGGCGCGUCACCAGUCCUGCAGUCUAAAGCAGACCGUGUCGGAGUGCCAGACCGCCAGGGGCGCGGCGCACAGUCAGGUCUCAGCUCUGCAGAGACGUGUGACGGAGCUGGAGGAGCGGGAGCGUCACAGCCGGGAGCUCCUGCAGGCCACGGAAGCUGAGCAGCAGGUCCGCGACCAGAAGCACCAAGAGGUCACCGUGAGGCUGCAGAGAGCGCUGGAGGACGCCGCCAUGCAGAGCGGCCAGCUCAGCGCUCGGCUCGAGCACGCCCAGGCUGCCGUCCAGACCCUGGAGCACCAGCUGGGAGAGUGUGAGCACCAGCGUAGAGACCUGGACCACAAACUGUCCACUCUGCGCUCCGCGCUGCGCCGCACUGUGGGCAUGGACGCAGGGGCACGGUCUCCCAGGAGGAAACAUCUCCCGGGACACCGUCCGACUCCUGCUGAGGAGCAAGAACUGGACUUGGACUGCGUCCAGGCCGGCCUCCUGGAGCUGCAGCGAGAAGUGAGGGACGCGCAGAGAGAGAAGAUUCACAGCCUGCUGCUGGAAGAGCAGGUGCACAAGCUGUCCACCACGCUCGGCGAGCAUCGGGGCAGCGAGGCCAAGCUGCAGGAGCAGAUAGGACAGCUGCAGAGAGCACUGACGGCCAGCGAGCACGACCGACGCCUCCUGCAGGACCGUCUGGAUAAAACCCGAGACGCCCUUUCGGAGAGCAAGACGCUGAACCACUCGCUAACAGAGCGGGCCCAGACUCUUCAACGAGCCCACGAGGACUCCGAGCUGCGGAAUUCUGCCCUGGAGGAACACAAGCAGACGCUGCAUCAGAGUCUGAAGCGGCGGCAAGAAGAGGCAGAGGCCACGGCGCGGGAGAGCGCCGAUCAGCUGGAGAGCAAAGUGGAACAUCUCCAAGGUUCUCUGCACAAGAUGCAGCAGGAGAAGGCCGACGUGGAGAAAGUGCUGGUGCGGCUGGGAAAAGACAAAAGUGCCCUCAGGAAGACGCUGGAGAAGGCGCAGGCGGACAGUCUGAGGACGCAGGAGGCGGAGAGUCUGAGGACGGAGCAGGCGGGCCAGGUGCAGGCCGGGAUGGAGCGCCAGCUGGCGGAGAGGCAGGACCAGGUGACGGCGCUGCAGGCCCACAUCAGCCAGCUGGAGCACACCCACACACAGCGCCUCCUAGAGGUCACUGUCCGCCACCACCAGGAGCUGGACGCCGAGACGGCGUGUCUUCGCGGCGCUCAGCUGCAGGCCGAGCAGGCGCUGCAGAGCAGGGAGCGGGCCCACCGCCAGAGGGUGAAAUGUCUGGAGGAUCAGGUGUCCACCCUCAAGGAGCAGCUGGACCAGGAGGCUCCGCGGCGGCGACGGGCCCACGUCAAACAGAUGCUGCGGCCCGCCGUGCACUCAAGUAUGUAGCGCCGUCGACCUGGCAGCCUCCCUGCGGGGAACACCCCCAAAACAACACGUUUGGUUUAUGAGCGGACAGCACGUGCUAAAUUGUUUUUAGGAUUUCUUCUGACGCACAAACUGGGGAGCAGACUUUAUCCCUCCAAA